UUUAAUAUGGCUUGGUUUUUUGACGUAUACCACAACAUCAACACCUACAGAACCUGAAUUGGAACCUCGAGACAGCUUUCCUAGAAAAUAUAAACCAUGGGAAAAAUGGGAAAAAUAUAAUAAAAAAUUUUUUUCGCAUAAAAAACCAGACAAACAUAAAUAUUCAGGAUAUAAAAAUCCAUAUUCAGGCAAUCAAAAUCCAUCUUCAGGAUAUAAAAAUCCAUCUUCGGGCAAUCAAAAUCCAUCUUCUAAGGGGGGUAAACCUUCAUCUUCACCAAACUCCAACCAAUCCAACAAUAAAUCAUCAAACUCACCAAACCCACCUAAAAAUCAACCAUCAAGCAAUUCCAAUAAUAAACCAACAGGUACAUGUACAUCGGCAGGUAAAUCAAAUCCAACCGCAACCUAUGCCACGAGUGCUACAGGCACUUCGACAUCAACCUCAGCUCCUACAAAUCUACCACCACUUAACCUAUCUAAAGCCGAUUCUCCCGAUAUUUUCGAACCCUUUGGACCGCUAGAUUUUAGUAAGGGUCCACAAACUCGUGAAUAUUCUUUCACAUUAAAAAGAACUACCUUAAAUCCUGAUGGAUAUAGUCGUGUGGUAUGGGCCGUAAAUGGAAAGUAA